AUGGCUAGCAAGUUGAAGGAGCGCCAGUUUAGCUGGCAACCGACUUUGAUUGAGGACUGGGGAUUGGAAGAAGCGGAUGAAGCGAGACCACUAGAGACUACAGAGAGCCCAGAUAAGAGCAACGAACCGAGCGGAAACGUUAGAAAGAAGAAACUCUCCAAUCAAUUUGCCUUUGACAUGGACAUUUCUGAAAUUGCGCGACCAGCCGAAGACCCGGAGGAAAUCUUCGUCUUCUAUGGACCAUUGGACGAGUCGGAGUUUGAAACCGGCAGGUCGCUAACUGCUUGCUCGACUCCACGACCAGCGUCAACCGACGUUGACUGGCCCCCAGCGCCUGCGAGAUGGUCUGAUAGUAGCAGCCCUCAAGAGCCUACCGGCCUCUCCGCUCCACCUAAUAGCUCUGUGUCGAGUUCUGAGAUCAACACUGCGGACCUUUUUGCGUCGUCGCAAGAAUCAUCGUCGAUGGAAGAUGAGUCCAACUCGGCCCCCCUCUUUGGAAUCAGUGACGUCUCAACGCCAGAAAGUGAGUCCAACUCUGGCCCCAUCGUUGGAAUUACUGAGCUCACAACGCCAGAAAGUGAACCAACUAGCGACAAUGUUUUCCACCAGAGCAGCCCUGCCCAGAAUCAAAAAUCGCCCUCAUACUUUCAGUAA